GAGUCAUAUUGAUUCGUCAGUUCUGCGAUCAUUCAGCAUCAUGCCUGAACCAGCCAAGUCCGCGCCUAAGAAGGGCUCCAAGAAGGCCGUCACGAAGACCGCCGGUAAGGGAGGAAAGAAGCGCAGAAAGUCCAGGAAGGAGAGCUACGCCAUCUACGUGUACAAAGUGCUGAAGCAGGUUCAUCCUGACACCGGCAUCUCCUCCAAGGCGAUGGGCAUCAUGAACUCUUUCGUCAACGACAUCUUCGAGCGCAUCGCCGGUGAGGCGUCUCGUCUCGCUCACUACAACAAGCGCUCCACCAUCACGUCGAGAGAGAUCCAGACCGCCGUGCGUCUGCUGCUGCCCGGUGAGCUGGCCAAACACGCCGUGUCUGAGGGCACCAAGGCCGUCACCAAGUACACCAGCUCCAAGUAGAGUCCCCGAGACUCCCACACACCCAAAGGCUCUUUUAAGAGCCACC